UGACUUCACAUCAGAACUGCUAAGUGGCACGAGACAGAAGCAGCAGUGACACAAACAGGAUUCCAACGCGGGCACCAAAGCCACCACUUGACAGAACAAAGGGCAUUUCAAGACUCAUCUUUUGAUAAAAAAAAAGAAUCCUAGAAGUCAUGAUCGCUUCACAGCUUCUCCCUGUUCUCACUCUUGCGCUUCUCCUGUUUAAAGAGAGUGAGGCCUGGUCGUACAAUGCCUCCACAGAAACCAUGACUUUUGACGAAGCUAGUGCUUACUGUCAGCAAAGGUACACGCAUCUGGUUGCGAUACAAAACCAAGAAGAAAUUAAGUACCUGAACUCCAUGUUCAGCUAUUCACCAACUUACUACUGGAUCGGAAUCAGAAAGGUCAAUAAGCAGUGGACCUGGAUAGGGACCCAGAAGCUUCUGACCGAAGAAGCCAGGAACUGGGCUCCAGGCGAACCGAACAAUAAGCAAACCAAUGAAGACUGUGUGGAGAUCUACAUCAAGAGAGAUAAGGACACGGGCAAGUGGAAUGAUGAGAGAUGCGACAAAAAGAAGCUUGCCUUGUGUUACACAGCUGCCUGUACCCCUACAUCCUGCAGCGGCCAUGGUGAGUGUGUGGAGACUGUCAACAGCUACACCUGUGAGUGCUACCCCGGCUUCAGUGGACUCAGGUGUGAGCACGUUGUGACCUGUCGAGCACAGGAAGACCCUGGGCACGGAAGCCUGGUUUGCACUCACCCUCUGGGGCACUUCAGCUACAAUUCUUCCUGCUCCGUCAGCUGUGAAAAGGGUUACCUCCCAAGCAGCACAGAGACCACGUGGUGUACUUCCACAGGGGACUGGAGUGCUCCUCUUCCCGCCUGCAAUGUGGUUGAGUGCAAUGCUUUGACAAAGCCUCCCAAUGGCACUAUGGACUGUCUCAAAAGCUCUGGAAACUUCCCAUGGAACACAACUUGUGCCUUUGAAUGUGAAGAAGGAUUUGAACUAAUGGGACCCAAGCACCUCCAGUGUACCUCAUCUGGGAAUUGGGACAACAAGAAGCCAACAUGUAAAGCUGUGACAUGUGAGGCCAUUGACCAUCCUCAGAAUGGGUCUGUGAGCUGCAGCCACUCCCCAGCUGGCGAGUUCACCUUCGGGUCCUCCUGCAAUUUCACAUGCGAGGAAGGCUUCCUGGUGCAGGGGCCAGCCCAACUUGAAUGCACCGCACAAGGGAAAUGGAAUCAGCAAGUCCCAGUUUGUGAAGCUUUUCAGUGCAAAGCCUUGUCCAUCCCAGAGAAAGGCUACAUGAGUUGUCUUCCUAGUGCUUCUGGAAAUUUCCAAAGUGAGUCCAGCUGUGAGUUCUUCUGUGAGAAGGGAUUUGUGUUGAAGGGAUCCAAAAAACUCAAGUGCGGCCCCACAGGCGAAUGGGACAGUGAGGAGCCCACAUGUGAAGCUGUGAAAUGUGUUGCUGUCCGGCAGCUCCAGCAUGGCUCCGUGAGGUGCACCCAUUCCUUUACUGGAGAGUUCAGCUACAGGUCCUCCUGUGCCUUCAGCUGUGAGGAAGGCUUUGAAUUACGUGGGUCAGCUCAGCUUGAGUGCACAUCUCAGGGACAGUGGACACAGGAGGUCCCCUCCUGCCAAGUGGUACAAUGUUCAAGUCUGGCAGUUUCUGGAAAGAUGAACGUGAGCUGCAGCGGGGAGCCCGUGUUUGGCACUGUGUGUGCGUUUGCAUGUCCUGAAGGAUGGACACUCAAUGGGUCUGCAGUUCUGACAUGUGAUGCCACAGGACACUGGUCUGGGAUGCCGCCUACCUGUGAAGCUCCCACUGAGUCCAAUAUUCCCCUGGCAAUCGGACUCGCCACUGCUGGGACCUCCCUCUUGACAUCAGCCUCAUUUCUCCUCUGGCUCCUGAAACGCCUUCGCAAGAGAGCAAAGAAAUUUGUUCCUGCCAGCAGCUGCCAAAGCCUUCAAUCAGACGGAUCCUUCCACAUGCCUUUGUAGUCAUUUUAAGUCAAACGGAAUCAGGAACACAGGUACCUCCAGGGAACUAGAGAAAUACCCUGAUGAUGGCAGAGACAGAAAGGGCUCCUCUGGUCUCUGGUACUUCUCAGCUCCCACAUCCACUGCUUUUACAGCUGGGAGCAUGGCACCCAUGAGGACUUCAACGGUCCACACUCUAGUGGGCGAGGCCAGCCUGCCACCAGCAACACUCAGCUUUCUCUUUCCUGUUCUCAGCAUCUGGAAAGUGCUGGAUGAUGGAGGAAAAGCAUAUUCAUUUCUGGACAAAAGUAGAGAGACUCAGGCUCUGGAAUCUCAGAAUUCCUGUUCUAACUCUCUCCCCUGCUCACUAUGAGAUCUCAGUGGAGAAACACAGUAUUUUUGGUAUUGUUUCUUUCUUUUGCCGCUCACUGUGUCUCAACUACUGAUUACAUGGUUGCUGUCAUGGGGAUGAAUAAUUCUCAGGAGUUUAGGGAAAACAACUUGGCCAAAGAUAUUCUAUCACCAAAGUGCAAAAAAUGAUAAUUUUUUAAUGCCCACAGGGGAGUGCCUGGGGAAAUCCUACUUAAUACUCUGUGUGAGGAUUACUAAGCACAGUCUUAAUCACUUUUAUCCCUGUGGGACUCAGUGCUUUAUAAAGUGCUCUUAGAGAUUGUGUUCUUUUAUUUGCAUUGACUAAAGUACAAUCUUCCCUAAUUCUUAAUUCAAUACAAGUGUUGUAGGGACUUUAAAAUAUGUGCAUGUUAAGACUAUGUUAAGGUAGAUCCUAGAUUUUUGUUUAUUAACAAACAUAAUGUUAUGUCUGUAGUAAAUUUAUUUCAAAAAAGGACAAAUGCUGUCCCCCAGCAAUGUAUAAUGUUAACCAGUAUAAAGUUGUGAAUGUUUUACUAUAGUUGCUUUUAAAAACAUGAGUAGUGGGGCUCCUGCGUGGCUCAGUCUGUUAAGUAUCUGACUCCUGAUCUCAGCUCA